AUGAAAACGAUUCGAGUGCAGGGUUGGGAUCCCGUCAUGUUAAUAUGUCAAAUCGUUUCAAUGCAAACUCUUCAUUAUCUCACUUUAGCAGUUUUGAUACCACCAUUACUAGCUACCUUUACUUCUCCCGACACUCUAGCAUAUUCAGGAGGACCGACAACGGUUUCUCAUUUGAUGGAUUGGAGAGAGAUGUCAUCGAAACCUACCGUCUCAACCACAUUAGAAGGAGGAUGGAAUUCAUUACGAGGUGCUUGGAGUGGUGGUAAACAAAUUGGAACUGUGGAAAAUGAUGAGAUACAAGAAGAUGGGAUGGAGAUUUUAGAUUUUGGUUUAGAUGAUACAAGAGGUUGGAUGAUUGGGAUUGCAUGGAUGAUUGCUUGUUGUAUUGAUAUCAUACCUCUUUACUACCUAAUCCGUCGUCCUACAUACAUCCUAGACUUCUCUCUCACAUUGAAUUUCGUCCAUUUGAUAUUGACGACCUACUACGCCAAAUCGUUCCCCGCUAGUAUUUUUUACUGGGCAGUUCAAGCUCUUGGAGCUUUAGUGAUGAUCGUUAUUGCUGAGCAGUUAUGUAUAAAACGUGAAAUGUCAACGGAUCUAAGUAUGGAUUAUGAACAUCUGGAAUCUGGUGAAGUUAUCGAAUUGAAUGAUCGAUGA